GAUAACAUUGGACGCUAUCUUUUGGUCUCCAUCCUGCGUGUGCAUGAAGAGUCUGACAUGGGGGUAAAGGGGGGAAUUGAUUUGAGAGAAAAUGCCGAGACAACGGGGACGUUGGGAGCAAAUAACAAGGCAGAUAAAGAGAAUCAAAUGUUGGCAGACAGCUGGCGAACAACAGAAAACAUCGCUCUGGAAGAGUUACCUUGUCAAAUCAUAGAUAUGAUGUCCCCGACGUCCGCAGAUGAGACAGUUGAUUUUGUAAGUGAACCUGACCCAGAUCUUAUAGCCUCAGCACGAUUUAAAAAGCUCAAGCUUGAAUUCCUUUUAGCAGUGGAAAAAAUCAGGAGAGAAACAAAGCUAACUAAAUCCAGGGCUCAGCAGACCAGACAAAAACCUGUCCUUUACACUGGAGUACAGAAGAAUUGUCAACAAGGUCCUAAACCCUGCUGUGAAUCUCCACCAGUUUCCAAACACCUUAGUUUUCCCCAAGAGGAGUCUUGCUGUAAAAUAUCAACAACUGUACAUUCAAAUUUUUCAAACAUUCUGAGCUCAGCCGAACAAAUUGCCACUUCAGUGGCAUCCCAGAGAAUUCAUGAAAGCGGUACCUGUACAUAUACAGAAUCCAACAAACCAAUUGAUACAACCCAUGCGGGAGUUGGUACCACCCCAUUGGAUGGUGCCUGGGUAGACACUACAGAGGGUUUACUGGAUUGGAGGACGGGAGGUGCUAGCUUUAGUGGCCGAGUGCCUGCAAUGGAGAACCAGGGACUCCCACUGCCAAUGGAUUCCAAAUUCAAUUUUCACAUUUCAAACGAUGUGUUAAAUACAAUUUGUGACUUAGAAAGUAGACCAAAUUUAACAUUCAGCAGAAAAGGCAGAGGUGAUAGGACAGAAACAGCUAGCACUUCCUGUAAAGUUGCCAAACUGUCUUCUGGGGUGGGGUCUGAGCAUUCCGAGAAUGGUGAGUUGUCCAGUGGGAGUAGGACUUCUGGGACAGGGGAUGGGGGUGGUACAAGUGAAUCUGAUGACAUGUCCACCAAAGGGCAGCACCAGGAUGUCAAAUGUAAGCGAUACAAAAGAACUCAAGAGGCACUUCAAAGCUCAGGGCUUCUGGAUGUGACCAUGAAGACUGCUGAGCUCAUCAAAAGAAAUCGGCAGCUACAGAAAGACAUUCAGGAUUUCAAGAAAGAAACUGUUGAGUUUCUAAAAUCAGUGUUAAAGAAUCCAGAAAAUAAAGAAUAUGCAAAAGUUAUUCAUGGCAAAACUUCAACAUCAUGAAAGAAAGACAUUUGUACAGCAGCAAUGAUUUGAAUGUAGUGUUAGAUGAUUGGCAGUAAGAAUGCUAUACUGUUCUCUGCAGGAACUUUUCGCUGUUAUUUCAAAAUUCCAAUGAUAUUUUUUUAUAUGAUGAAUUACCAUUUAUAGAUAAUUUAAGUAUUUAUUUUAAGUUAAAAUAGAUGUACUUGAUUUAGUAGAAACUCUCAUAUAUAUGAAGAGGUCCACUUAUUCUUCCAUAGAUUAAACAUGUUUUAUGUUAGCUAUUAAAUUUGAUUUUUGAUAAUUUAAUUCUAACCCUGAACUAAAAAAAUUAGACAAAAUGCCGUCAUAAUUGAAGGUAAUAAUAUUUACAUGGAUUGAAAUCUUGUAUGUGACACUAUAUAGGUAGUACUGUUUGGUAGACUGACAAAUGAAAAUAAUAAGAAGGUUUACAUAUGUGGAAACUUGUGACACCUCUACAGACUGGGAUACUUAAAAAAUAAUGACGCAACCAUCAUCUUGUGUACUUUAGCUUAAAACAGAUUAUUGACAUUAAAUUUCAUAUAAUUCAUCAAGAAGCAGCAUCUAGAGGCAAAAUUUAAAAUAUCAAACUAAUAAUAUCUUAAUUUUGCAACAAAUAUUAAUACUGUGGUUUCAUUUUUGAAUUUAUUAACAUUAAUAGUUUGUGGAUUUUGUAAAGUGCACAGUUUUAAAGACUCUCAGACUAUGGUCCUAUCAAUACAUCAUAAUAAAGAAAAUAGAACUUCAAUAAAAAAAUCAGUUCAACAAAUGAGUUCAGAUAAAACACAAAGUCACAAUAUUCACAAAGAGAGACUCAUAGUUCAUUCACAUUGUUAUAUAAACAGUACUGUAUAUGUAAUUGAAUUGUAGAAUUGGUUUUAGAUUUUGAAAUCUAAAAUUAUCUUUCUUUUGUUAUUUUUUUUAUGGUAAACAUGGGUGUUCAAUUGAUGCUAAAGUAAAUUUCAUAAUUCGUUUUAAUUAUAGGAUUACGUUGUUACUUAAAAGUUUUACAAUGUAUGAUUAAAGUACAUUCAAUAACUGUAUAUACAUGUACAAUAUAUGUGUGUGUGUGUGUGUUUGUGUGUGUUUGUGUGUGUGUGU